GAGGGAAAGGGGCGUGACUUAGCCGAGCUGUCUUGCUUCUGUGCCGUGGCUGAUAUUAUUAGUAACAGCUCCGGCAGCGGCCGCCGAGGUGUGAAAGGUGUUCUAGUUCCAUCCCAGAAGAAGGAAGCGAAGCCCCGAGCAGCAGAGCAAAAGCCGGGCGAGGAAUCCGCGAGAUGAAGAAGCCUCCUCUGGCCGCGUUGGAAAUUUCCCCCCGUCAGGCGUGUUCUUUUUAAUUGGGGAAUCCAGUUGGAGACGGGAAACCGGUCUUUCCUCCGAGCGGCAACGACGGCGAGGCGAGACUCUUUGGCAGUGGGAUGUUCUCAUCUGUGUAUUUGAGCCAGCUUCCUUGGCUUGGAUAUAGCAUCAUAUUAGCACCUGCUUUUACUACAGCCUGUAACUAAUAACUCAAUAAAGGAUGAGGAGAUUUGUCUACUGCAAGGUGGUUCUCGCCACAUCUCUCAUGUGGGUCUUGGUGGAUGUGUUUCUCCUGUUGUACUUCAGUGAGUGUAACAAAUGUGAUGACAAGAAAGAAAGGUCCCUGCUGCCUGCUCUAAGGGCUGUCAUGUCAAGAAGCCAAGAAGGACCAGGCGAGAUGGGAAAAGCAGUUCUCAUUCCCAAGGAUGAUCAGGAAAAAAUGAAAGAGCUUUUUAAAAUCAACCAAUUUAAUCUUAUGGCCAGUGACAUGAUUGCAUUCAAUCGAAGUUUGCCUGAUGUAAGAUUAGAAGGAUGUAAGACAAAAGUCUACCCUGAUGAGUUACCCACCACAAGUGUGGUCAUAGUGUUUCAUAAUGAAGCUUGGAGUACUUUGCUUCGUACUAUUUACAGUGUUAUGAAUCGGUCUCCGCACUACUUACUUUCUGAGAUCAUCUUGGUAGACGAUGCCAGUGAAAGAGAUUUUCUGAAGCUCCCAUUAGAGAAUUAUGUAAGAAAUUUGCAAGUGCCAGUAAAAAUUAUUAGAAUGGAACAACGGUCGGGACUGAUCCGAGCUCGGCUUAGAGGUGCUGCUGCUUCUAAAGGCCAGGUCAUCACUUUCUUGGAUGCACACUGUGAAUGCACUACAGGUUGGCUGGAGCCCCUGCUGGCAAGGAUAAAGGAAGACAGAAAAAUUGUUGUAUGCCCAAUUAUCGAUGUAAUCAGUGAUGACACAUUUGAAUACAUGGCUGGAUCAGACAUGACGUAUGGAGGAUUCAACUGGAAACUCAAUUUUCGUUGGUACCCAGUUCCCCAAAGAGAAAUGGACAGGAGGAAAGGAGACAGAACUUUGCCUGUGAGGACCCCUACUAUGGCUGGUGGCUUAUUUUCUAUUGACAGAAACUACUUUGAAGAGAUAGGAACAUACGAUGCAGGAAUGGAUAUCUGGGGUGGAGAGAAUCUUGAAAUGUCUUUUAGGAUAUGGCAGUGUGGAGGCUCCCUGGAGAUUGUAACGUGUUCACAUGUUGGUCAUGUUUUUCGAAAAGCUACUCCUUAUACAUUUCCUGGUGGUACUGGCCAUGUAAUUAACAAAAAUAAUAGAAGACUUGCAGAAGUGUGGAUGGAUGAAUUUAAAGAUUUCUUCUACAUAAUAUCUCCGGGAGUUGUCAAAGUGGAUUAUGGAGAUGUAUCAGUCAGAAAAGCCUUGAGAGAAAAUUUGAAAUGUAAACCAUUUUCAUGGUACCUAGAAUAUGUGUAUCCAGAUUCUCAGAUUCCACGUCGCUAUUACUCCCUUGGAGAGAUCAGAAAUGUUGAGACAAACCAAUGUUUAGAUAAUAUGGGACGUAAGGAAAAUGAAAAAGUAGGCAUAUUCAACUGUCACGGCAUGGGAGGAAAUCAGGUAUUUUCAUACACUGCUGACAAGGAAAUCCGCACAGAUGAUUUAUGUAUGGAUGUCUCUAGGCUCAAUGGGCCUGUAAUUAUGCUGAAGUGCCAUCACAUGAGAGGAAAUCAACUUUGGGAAUACGAUGCCGAGCGACUGACCUUGAGACAUGUGAACAGUAACCAGUGUCUGGACGAGCCCUCGGAGGAUGACAAAAUGGUUCCUACCAUGAAAGACUGCAGCGAAAGCCGAUCCCAGCAGUGGCUGCUACGUAACAUGACCUUGGGUGCCUAAAGCCACGACAGACUUCACGUCCUUCCUCGGACCUUGGAAGGGUCUAACCUGCUCACACUUCACACAGAAGGAUGUUCUUCUUCCCUUGUGGUCGGUGAAGAGAAAGGGUUUGGAUGCUUGAUUCAAAGCCCCACAUGCGAGAAAAACAACUUUUUUUUUAACGGCUUAAAAGCAUGGUUGCACUUUUUUCUCUCUCUCUGAUUUUUUUUUUUUUUACAAGUCAGCUGAACACACGGAUGCUUUACCCACCCUGGCAUAUACAGUAUUAUGAAGACACUGCAGUUUUGAGAAAAGAAGACUCCGGAAAAGGGUUACAAAGCGAAAUUGCAAGAGGGUGGGAAGUGGCUUGCUGUGGGUUCUGUCCUGUAAUAUUGCUUGAAAGUGACAAUGUUAAAUGCCUUAUGAAGCUCACUUGCAUUGUGAAAGAUGGUAACAUUUGUUUUCCUCAGUUGAUGUACUUGUACCAGUCCUUCAUGGUGACAAAGGAAGAAUCCAUUAUUGAUCUACUGCCAACCCCAUUACCUAUGAAUAGCCCAGCUGAAAAGAUUUCUCAGCAGUAAAUUUCUGUAUAUAUUGGAUGUUUUUCAUGUAUAGUGUCGGGGGGGGGGGGGAAGUGGCAUUUCUGUUCCUGAAACCUCUGUUAAAAUCCACAGAACAGGAUAUGCCAGUACUUGGAUUGUGAAAAUCAAAUUCACGGCCAAGGGAAGCGUAAAGAAAUGGGAUUGAUGAUAUCCACCAAUGCCCUUGGCAAAAUAUAAGUCAUUACAAGCAUUGUAACACAUUAGGCCAACUUCUGUAGUCUUACAUUAACAAUUAAUAUAAAGGACAGCGAGAAAUUUUACCUAAAUCACACGAGAUGCAGAUAGAAGAACAGGUUUAUGAGUAGACACAAGCAGAUUUCAAGUUGAGUUUGGUUGCAAUAGCUACUCCUUUUUUGUUCUACCAAAUGUAUUUGUUUUCUAAAGAUUCUUGGUGCGUAGGCAUAAAUACCAGUAGGUCUAGCCUGAAAAUGUCAACAAUGCAAUGCUGCCCCUUAAUAAUUAUUAAGAUAUUAUGAUGAAGAUGUAUAAGUCUUCAAAACAUAGCAAGUUGAACUUUUAGUAUAUGAUAGCACCGAGUUCAGGACUAAUUAAAAACUUGUCUAAUAAACUUGUCUGUUUCAUAUAUGGAGGACAUGGGAUAAGAUACAACUAUCUCUGUAAACAGUAUUUUAUUUUUUUAAAGGGAAGGGGGGUUUUUUUUGUCACAUCUCUCUAUGCCAGGAUGCAAGUAGGAACAAGGUUUAUCCAACAUUGGAGUCUGUAUAGUUCUAGCGAUGAUUAUUGGGUCAGAAAGUAUAUAAAAUGUACUCAUUUUUUACCUGGAUUUAAUUUAUUGCAGUGUGUUUUAUCAACCCCAGGGCCAUGCCAAAGUUUUUGUGAAUUAUGCUAUAUUGGGUCGUAUGGACUGAUCGAUUCUACACCGCAAUACUGAGAAAUUGAAACAACUUCUUUCAAGUUUCAUUCUGGCAUCUUGAGAAAAUGAGAUGGCUCUUCCUGCAGAUGAGACUCCCUACAUCAGUGUUUCCCAAACUUGACAAUUUUAAGGCAUGUGGACUUCAACUCCCAGAAUUCCACAGCCAGCGUUGCUGGCUGUGGAAUUCUAGGAGUUGAAGUCCUCAUGCCUUAAAAUUGUCAAGUUUGGGAAACACUGCCCUACAUGAUACUGCCUUUACGUUGUUAUCACCCAACUGUUGAUUUUGAAUGUGCUCAUUUGUCUGCUUUUUCUAUCCCAGAAGAGUUCUUCAUGAGUACUAUAUAAGUAUGCUAGGAAAACGUCCAUAUUUCCGCAGGAUCAGAUGCAAAAUAACAUAAAAAUAUCAGCCUGGAAUCCAAAUCGGAGAGCCAGAGGGGCCGAGGCAAGUAGCAUUCCUUGAAGAAGGGGAAUGGUCUGAUCAGCAGAGGCAGGCAAACAGAAGAUGUAUUCAAGGAUGCAGGUAGUCCUUGACUUAUGAUCACAGUUGGGACCAGAUUUCCAGUUGUAAGUUGAGUUGUCCAUGUGGUUGGACCCAAUUUGAUGACUUUUUUUUUGUGUGUGCAGAGUUUAGGCAAAUCACUGUAGUUGUUAAGGGAAUCUGUAGUCACUGAGUGAUCGCCACAGUCCUAAAUAUGAACCCAUUUGGUUUUGCCAUGACUGGGGGGGGGGGGGAAGAGACAUUUUACAACACCCAGAAUUGCUUUACAGGCCAUAAAACACUUGCUAUUGUAAUUUUUAAAAAGGUUGCUAAGUGACUGAUCAUAAUCUGGAGACUGCCUGUAAACUGAUGUUAGCCAGAUCUUUGACAAGUAACGCAGCCCUUUUAACUAAAGAGUACAUGAUCUCAUUUGAAGUGUUUAUUGCUUACCUGGGUCUACAACAUUCCAGGUUUCCAGGUGACACUUGGACAGGCUGGCUGUGGUUUCUGUACUGCCUAUGUUAGGGGGACACUGAGAAGCAGCAGAGUUUAGGUUAUCCUGCAGCUUACCUUUUUGAUACUCACCUGCCAAAUUCACUGAUAACACGGCAGCAGGCUUUGUUCUGGAGAAGAGAGCAUUACUGUUCUCCCUCAUAGGUUUUUAUCCCACAAUCUGAGUAACAGAAAAUCUCCUUUUGCAUCCCACAGCAACUCUGGCAGCCAUGACCCUUGGAAGAUCAGUAAACAUUCAGGGAAUCAUACUGCUCCAAAUCCAUCAAGUAAAGGGUUUUGUUCAAGCUCCUGUAAGAGCAAGCUUAAAUACAGGGGGGGGGUCUGACUUAUUUUCGAAUAAGAACAUAAAAAGGAAGUUAAUCCAGUGUAAGGAGUCAUGAGCAUAAGUCCUAUACAUAAAAAAUUAUAAAAACAAAUUAUUCCUGAAGAAACGUGGCUUGCGCUAAACAGUGAGGAAGGUUACUGCAAAGUUAGUUGAGGCUAAUUAUCUUAUUUUUAAACACUUAAGAAGAGGGUCCAAUAUAAGUGAUGCUUUUUAUUAAGUUAUUAAUAGGGUAACAUUAAAAUGUAAUAAAAGCAUUUGUUUCCCUCAAAUGAAAUCUUCCAAAGGUUGGGUUGGAAGGGGGUCUUUGAAAGUUCAUAUGCAAAGUUUGAGAGACGGGCAGUGGAACCAUCAGAUGAUGGUUUUUUAGGGGCUGAAUCCCAACGCAUUUCAAUCCUGUGCCAGGAUUUUGGCUUAAGGGAAGUAGUAGCAGUCUGAUGACUAGAAGCAGAAUUGAGACCAUAAGUUCUGCUUUCACUUAACCCUACUGCUAAUUCCAAUUAAAUGCCUCCCUGGAGCACCUCAUGGACUGCCACAUCAAAUAUCUACUUCAUCCCGUCUUUUUUAGUGAGCAAACAAUAGGCCAUGGAGGAUAUGCCCCAGCAUUAUCAUUAUAUUGCUAAACUGUUAUGGCUAAAAUCAAAGUUUUAAUAAAUAGUUUUACAGGAUUGUACAUUAGCUUGUGGUGUCCUCUCUCUGUGUUCUGUAGAUCAAUAAAAUGUAUGCUGUUCCUCAUUUGAAUGGCAUUGAUUACUCACUUUUUAAAGUCGCUUUAUGAUAUCAGCAGUUGAGUUCAAGUUUAAACAUUGUUUUUUUUAAAAAAAAUUAAGUCAGGUUGCCUUUUCUCUCCCUGUGUAUAGAUUAGAAACAUCUUAAUUUCAUAGAAAUGUGCCGAGGGACAAUAGGAUAAAUAUGAAAAAUGACUGAGUAUAAAUACCUAAAAACAAGAACACUAUUUAAGAAAAGGUAAAACUUAAGGAAUUUCUUGAGGAGGGAAAGAUAGAUAUAUAAAGUUUGAGCCAAUGGAAAUAAGUUCAUUUUGUCUUCAGAGGCUGCUUCUGGACUGUUGAAUCCAAGAACAGUAUUUUUAUCUAACAACAGGCAAGCAAAAUAGCCUUUUAAAAGGUGAUUAAUACUGUACUGAUAUCGAUAUAGUCCAGUUUUUUUACUUGAAAUUAAUGAGAUCAUAUCUGAUCAUAUAAAUUUUAGUUGCAUCUCAUUUGUAGAUGCUAAAUACAGUCUCAAAUGAGGCAUAUAUUAGUGAGGGUGCUUAAGUGUAAAGCUAUGAGUUAGGCUGAAAUGAUUUAGGAAAGAAAUUUGAAAUAAAUUUUAUAAUGUUACUGUCUUCUAAAUCCUACUGCACCAUUAUAAACUAGAUAAACAAACACAAUUUCAAUAGGAAAUCAGGUUUGCAAUUAACUAUUGUAAUAGCAACAUCUACACACAUGCGCACACGGACCCUCUCCCACCUGUAUUUUCCAUUUAUGGAUAAAUUUAAAAGUAUGCUGCUAUUACUGUAUGAAUGCAUCUGGUAAGAUUCCACCACAUUAAAAUGCUACUAAAUAUAUUGCUAUUGUUUCAUUUCAAGAUGUUGACUGUGCAUCAGCAAAAUGUUUUAGAUUAUGUGAAUUAGUGUAAAAGUAUUUUCAAACACAGCUAUAUUUCCGAAGACUCACUUUCAUUUUUUCAAAUAGACUAAAGUUGCCAUUUGUCCCUUAAAUGUUCAGGAUAGCUGGGCCAUUGAUGUUCCAAACCUAUACAUGAUAACAAACUUAAAUUUGGCCGAAAUAUGCAUGCUGAGGGGUUUAUAGCCAGUCCCACCUUCUGAUUGAUAAUGCUUCUGUGAUGUGCAAAAUUACAAAAUUUAUCGCAUCCCUGUCUCUUUAAAUGCACGUGGAAAUAUCUGAAGCAUACACCCAAGAGGCAUAAUAUGUGAGGAGGUCCUUUAAAAUGGCCACUGAGGGUUUUUUUAAAAAAAUAUACUUGAUCAUCCAAUUUAGAGGGAGUAUCCAUUGGAAAACUUCCUACAUUGCGUACUAGGGACACUACAUGUUACAAUUCUAAGAGUGGACUGUGUUCAAGAAUUACCAAUUUCAAAUGUAAUCAUUAUUAAAUGUUAACUCUGCUGUAAAUUUUCAAUAUUUAUACAUUUUGUAGAAAUAAAAUAUGCCAGUUUAGUUUUA